AUGAAAUGUAUGACGAACGAUUCGUCUUUGAGCAAUAAUCAAAACAUGCACGACGCGACAAUACUUCGCUACUUCACAUCUGUUCGAGAACAAGAACCUGAAACGUCGGUCGCUACAACAGCUAUUCGUACUUUACUCGAUGUUAUCAAACGCUCGUCAGCUGGCACAUUGAGUGAAUUAACAGUCGAAUUAAAAUCUGCUGUGCAACUACUGAUUACUCACACAGAUUCUUCCAUACCCAGUGUCAAAUCCGGUUGCGAAUUAUUUCUGCGCUUUAUUACAUUAGCAGUUUUCGAUGCAUUUGGUAUCGAUGAAUGCCGACAAAAGUUAAUGGAACGUGGACAAAUAUUCUUGAAUCGAACACUAUUAGCCCGACAGCGUAUUUCCCAGCAUAGUCAAGAAUUCAUUGUCGAUGGAAGCGUCAUUCUCACACAUUCGUAUUCGCGUGUCGUUCUUGCUCUUUUGAAAUACGCAUCGAAUUUUGCUCGAUUCAAAGUUUUAGUUACUCAAUCCGAACCUGACAAAAGCGGACUGAAGAUGCGAGACGAAUUAGAAGCUAUCGGCAUACCGGCGAUCUGUAUUCUAGAUGCCAGUGUGGCAUGUAUGAUGGAACAAGUCACUCUUGUUCUAGUGGGCGCGGAGGCCGUCGUGGAAAGUGGUGGCAUUAUCAACAAAAUCGGAACGUAUAAUCUCGCCAUAGCAGCACGAGAGAUGAACAAACCAUUGUACGUUGCUGUUGAAUCGUUCAAAUUCGUUCGAUUCUAUCCAUUGAACAAUCGUGAUUUGCCCAAUGAAUUUAAAUAUAAAUCAUCCACCAUCGCGCGCUCAAGCGAAAUUAAUCUUGCUACAGAACAUCCGUUAGUGGAUUACACUCCGCCAGCGUAUAUUACUUUAUUGUUCACAGAUCUCGGCCCAUUAACACCGUCUGCUGUUAGUGAUGAGUUAAUUAAACUUUAUAUAUAG